GAUAACCCAGGGGAUGCGGCAGAAUGCAAGCCUGCAGCCGGGCACAGCCUGUCGCAGCGCUGCUCGCCAUGGAGGGAGCACACCGCAGCUGCCUCCUCCUCCUCCUCUGCCUGCUCCCACGGCCGGGCGCCCCAGGCCCACCGCCGCCUCUGGAGGAGCCUCGGGAGCCGCCGCCGCCGCCGUCCAGCCCCGCGGACCCCGCCGCGCACCUGCUGCGCGGGCAGUCCUCGGCGCCGGUGCGGCCCUACAGCCUGUCGCUGUCCCCCGAGGAUUACCGCUACGCCCCCAGGCCCCGGCACCUGCGCCCCGGACGGCUGCGCCGGCUCCUGGGCUCGGCCUUCGACCCCUUCUGGAUGGCGACCGAGCAGCCCCGCGGUCGCAACGGGAGCAUCCUCGAGGAGAACCUGGAGUCCAUGAGCAGGGACCUGGCCGAGAGCGCCGGGCGGUAUCGCCGCAAGCUGUGGCGAGAGGCGGAGGAGCUGGAGCUGCCCGCGCUGCUGCCCCCCGGCCCAGCGCUGCCCCCCGAGCUGGCGGGGGCCCUGGCCCGCGGCCUGCGGCAGUGGCUGGUGGAACGGGCCGCCUGCCGCCUCACCUCCGCCUGGGUGGACCUGGGCCCCGUGUUCUGGCCCCGCUGGGUGCGGCACACCACGUGCGAGAGCGGCCCGGCCGACUGCUCCUGGCCCCCCGGCAUGGCCUGCCGGCCCGCACAGCUCACCCGCAUCAAGCUGCUGGCCUGGCACUGCUGGAACCCGCAGCCCCCCGCGGCCCCCAGCUGCACCUGGCGGCACAUCCCCUACCCCGUGGUGGCCGCCUGCAAGUGCUCCUGCCGCUGAGGGGGCCGCGGAGGUGCCUCCCGGGACCUGCUCCUGCAGGCCUGAAAAGGCAAACAUCUGCCUGGACCCGCCCUCGGAGCUGGGGGGAAUCCCCCAAACAGAAAUAAACCUCCAGGAAGGAAGCGGGGAUGCUGUGGUCGUUGCUGUGUCUCACCAAAACCCCUGGGUGGGGGUGCGGCUGCUUCACCCCUCACCCACCACUGCCGUGAGGCAUUAGCACCAGCGGAGGCCCUUGUGCGGCUUUUAUCUCCAGCAAAGGACGAGGGAUGGAGAAAUUAUGGCACUGAACGGCAGGUUCAGACCCCGUUUGCACCACCCCAGCUGGCUCAGUCCAAGCUGGGGCUCCUCUGCCUGCCUGGAUGGGGCUGCAGGCAGGGAGCCAGGGCCAGGGCAUUCCAGCAGAAGGUACAGGUGGGUCACUGCUGGGGUGGAAACAGCAAUGUGGAGAGAGGCUGGAAGGAAUCAUGGGGCAGUGGGGUAUUUUGGGACUGCAACAGGCAGCCUAGUGAGAGUAGAAGUGGAAGGUGGGCCAUGCCCCAGAGCUGGAAGCAUUUCUGGGGCUAGGUGUGUAUGAAAAUGGGAUGGGAUAGGAUAGGCCCCUACUUUGAGGUAAAAUGGGUGAAAUAUGUGGAUCCCCCACCUAUCCCACAGUGCAGAGGCUGACAGCUCCAGACUCAGGACUGCCUGAGCAGCAUACAGGGUAUGAGGUAGUUCAGGGAACCCAGGGUGGGUCCUGCAUCCUCAAAAAGUGACAUCUGCCUCUACAUUCCACUCAGCAAAACAAUCCUCUGCUUUCUGAGCUAAAAGUUGUAGAUCAGACCUAGGCUGGAAGGCCUUGAAGAAAUAAGGAGCAGGAGGACAUACCUGAAUUCAACAUUAACAUGAUGCCUCCAAGUCAAUGAGUAUGGCAUUAUUCAUUACCAGAGUGCCAUCAUCUGACCCUCCUGCCUUCCUGGGAUUCCAGCACUACACAGUCUGUUCCCCAGACAGCUCCCCAGCCUACUGCUGAGCUUGGCCUUGAGGCAGGCAGAGAGCAGGGAGCUGGCUGCUGAGGCACCCGGGAGAUACAGAGGGGAGAGGGAGGUCAGCGCGUCUGGCGAGAAAAGGAGCAGAGGGUGAGCCCACACAUGCAUGCAAAAACAAUGAGCAUCACAGGAGGGAGGCUGCUCCUGCUGCUUCAGCCUGCAGAUGAGCAGAGAGACAUCUGUAGGCCUGCUCUGCCAACGAGGAGGACUUGAAACCUGGAGCAGGGUUAAACUGCUUGGGUUGUCUGCCCUGAGUGGAGCAGAGGCAUCAGCAGGGAUGCCUGCAGAGGGCCAGGGGAGAGAGGGAGACCAGGGCUGGGGACCAGCAGGACAGAAAUGUGAGGGAGGGCGGUUCAGGUGUGCAAUGGAGCUGGGCAGGUAGGGGGAGCAAGGGGUGCA